UGCUUAAACCUUCAAAAGUGCAAUCGUGUAGCCCUCAUCGACAUUGAACGAUACGCGCUGUGAUGUACCAAAAUACAUGCCCUUUUUGUGAGGUGAUUUUGACAUUUGUGGCUGUACAUGACCGCGUUACGGCUUGUCGGCGAUCGAUAAGCGAGUGCUGGACUGCGCGCGAAAUGUGUUAAGUAAUAACAGAAAGUGAUAUUGAAAGCAGCCAAAAACACCACAAUGUACUGUUAGCGAACCGUGCAUACGAAUGUCACCCUAAAGCCCCAAACGUUCACCGGUCAACAAACCAUAACAACGAUGCUUACACGAGGCAACACUGCACCAAUGUUCUUCCGGAUACUGUCCAAGUUCCCGCAAAACUUUUCCUUCUGCUUUGCGUACGGAUCCGGCGUAAAGCAGCAGCUCGGAUACGAAUCCAUUCGCUCGAAGCGCAAUAUGAUUGACCUCAUAUACGUUGUGGACAAUGCCCACCGAUGGCACACGGCCAACCUCGACCAAAACUUCGAGCAUUAUUCCAGCAUGCGGUUGCUGGGCGGGGGUCUGAUAGCCAAGUACCAGGAAACGCUAGGGGCUCGCGUUUACUUCAACACGCUCGUGCAAAUCCCCGAUGAGGACGUCAUCAUCAAGUACGGUGUCGUGUCCACAAAGGAUCUGCUGGAGGAUCUAACCGACUGGCGCUGCAUUUAUCUUGCCGGACGGCUACACAAACCGGUGGAAAUCAUACGGAACGCUUCCAGUUCGAAAAUACAGAACGCCAUCGAGCAAAACCUUCGUUCGGCGGUACACGCAGCCCUGUUGCUGCUUCCGGAGAAGUUUACCGAGUUCGAGCUGUACCGGGCAAUAUCAAACCUCAGCUACAGUGGGGACUUUCGCAUGAUAUUUGGGGAAAACAAGGACAAAGUCAACAAUAUUGUGCGUCCGCAGCUUGAAAACUUUCGCAACCUGUAUGGAACCACGUUCGAACAAUUCCAUCACUGCCUGGAGCUACCGAUCAGCGGCAGCGAUAAUCAAAUCUGCACACAGGAUCUUUCCGAGACAUCGGUUCUGGCCCAUCUGAACGGGCUCCCCAAGUGGCCAACGCGUUUGAUUGUGGAGCGUCAAACGAGUGGACGGUACCGGCAGGACACGGAAGACAUUUUGAUAGGUGUUUCGCGAUCAACGAACUACCAGUCCACUGUAGCUUCCUGUCUGCGUUCGAUCGUAUGGUCGAGCAGCGUUUGGCAAUCGAUUAAAAAUAUUCCUACCGCAGGACUAGCCAAAUCGGUGCGCUAUAGCUGGGCAAAAGCAUUGAAAACAUUUAGCUAAUAGUAUGUACGUGUUCGCUGCAGCUUAAAAGAUCUAAAAAACACUAGUCCAAAUGUGCUCAAUAAAACUAUUGACAAAGCGUUUCAAAACCACAUCGGUCGUUUUAGCUUAAUCUUCUUUGACUUUGGCUGUUGUUUUAUUUAUUCCUUGGGCAAACUAUACGCGGUCUAAUGCUUUCGCUUU